CGUUCAUCAUCGCCUCCUGUUUCUCGCUGGAGAGAAAAAGAGGAAGGAAUAUGGUUUCGUCUGACGCUCCUCCCGUUUCAGCGCUGCUCUAGCGGCUCUCCAGUACGAGGACACAGCUCGGGCUCGGUCUGGUUCAUCCCCCCCUCACUUUUUUUUUAAAUCACCUGAUACAAGCACCUUCUCUGUCAGCAGCCACCCUGAACGCACCGGGACUUAUAAAUGGUGGAGGCCGUGGUGGAGUUCAACUAUGAGGCUCAGCAGGACGAUGAGUUGAGCCUGACAGUGGGCGACAUCAUCGUUAACAUUCGACGCGAUGACGGCGGAUGGUGGGAGGGAGAGCUGGGCGGACGCCGGGGGCUCUUCCCUGAUAACUUUGUCAGGGAGAUCAAGAAGGAGGCCAAGAGAGAUGGAGGGCAGACCAACAUGAUCAAGUCGGACCUGGCAAACGGCCGGGCCAGUCCCGUGCUGGACUCGGGCAUGCGGCCAGGCAAGAAGGCGGAGCAGAUUCGUAAGCGGCGGUGUAAAGCAGCGUUCAGUUACGUGCCUCAGCACGAGGAUGAGCUGGAGCUGAAAAUAGGAGACAUCAUCGAGAUCAUAGCCGAGGUGGAGGAAGGCUGGUGGGAAGGACUUCUGAACGGCAAAAGUGGCAUGUUCCCCUCCAAUUUCACCAAAGAGAUCAUCCUGGACUCGGACCCCCCCUCCGUGGACUCCCCCUCCUCGCAGGAUGACGUUUGCAGCGGUCGCAGCAGCAAGGACAGUCCAGGUAGUGAAAGUGAUGGAGCAGAGAGUCGGUCAGAUGGGGGGUCCAGUGAAAUCCAGCCCAAGAAGGUUCGAGGUUUUGGUUUCGGCGACAUCUUCAAGGACAAACCCAUCAAGCUGAGACCCCGGUCCAUAGACCUGGAUUCAGAGGGGGACAAGUUCUCUGAAGGGAAAGCGGUGAGCGUUGCCACGGAAACGAUGAAGACCGACCCUGAUGGCAAAGCAAAAGCAGGCGUCACAUCUUCACAUUUCAGAAGUUCAGGGCGGGAACUUUGCAAAGUCCUUUUCCCGUACGAAGCCCAAAAUGAGGAUGAGCUGACCAUCAAAGAGGGCGAGAUCAUCACCAUAAUAACCAAGGAGUGUGCUGAUGCCGGUUGGUGGAUGGGGGAGAUCGGCGGGAGGCACGGAGUCUUCCCUGAUAACUUUGUCAAGCUGCUGGAAGCUGAAAAAGAGAGACCAAAGAAGCCGCCUCCUCCCACGGCACCGUCAGUGAAACACACUCCAGAGAAAAAGUUAGAGCUCAAGAAGGUUCCCCCGGAGCGGCCUGAGUAUCUGCCCCUGAGGGAUCAAGAUCGAGGAGACGACCUGAAGCUCAGCGACAUCCCUAAACCUUCCGUCCCGUCCACCCUCCCUAAGAAACCCGCCCCUUCUAAGUCAGGCUCCUCCUCCUCCUCCUCGUCUUCUUCACAGCCGCCGCGUCGGCCCGAGAGACCGCCCACUCUCUCGUGUGAGAGCACCAAGCCAGAAGGCGGGGCUUCGACACCCGAUUCUAUCCCUGAUAGGUCACAUGACGCCGACUUGGACCUGGACGCCGUUGUGUCGACGACAGAGAAGCUCAGUCACCCGACGGCGCUGAGACCACGGGUGACGGACCGCCGACCACGAUCCCAGAUCCUCACGCCGUCGAGCAUGUCCAUCCUGGACCUGAACCCCGUGGCAGUGGAGGACAGGAGGGAGAAGGACAGAGAUCUGGACUCUAAAUCACUCGACAUCUCUCUGAGAAAAGGCGUUCACGGACUCGAGAGUAAAGCGCAGAUCCCGUCGAAGCCUUCUGUCCUGGCUCCGCCCAGCAACCACCGCCCCGCCUCUCCGUCUUCCUCUGGGGGCCUCAGUCCGUCUCCUGAACUCCGACACUCGCCUGUGACUCCGCCCACGUUGGAGGAGCUCAAGAACCAGCUGCGUGACCUGAGGACCUCCGUCGAGCUGCUCAGGAGCCAACACAGGCAGGAGAUGAAGCAGUUGGCCAGUGAGCUGGACGAGGAGAAGAAGAUCCGCAUUAGUUUACAGAUGGAAGUGGAGCACAUAAAGAAGAACCUGUCCAAGUAGAAGAACAUCACUGGUCACUUCAGCCCAAAUCCAAAAGUUAGUGCCAAAAUGUUGACGGACGGAACCACAGUAUCGGCCUCCUCCUCCACCCCUCUGUUGUCGCCUUAUCCUCCUUUUGUUUUGACUCUUUCAAACUGGUGUCUUUCGUUACUGCUUGCUGUGCCACUGGUACCGGCCCGCCUGCGGCCGUGCGUUGCCAUGGUGACCCAGCGUUCACAGCGAGCCGGUGGAAGGAAGUGGCUGCUGUGGCGGUCUGUGUCCACGCUGCGGCCUUCACGAGUCACCGUGUCUGUGUGUGUGUGUGUGUGUGUGUCGGCAUCGUCACUCGGAGAUGAAGGUUUCAAGUGCAAUGGAUGGAUGUCAGGAUGAACACGAGAGUUUUAUUCUCCAGAAAUCCCUUUAAAUAUCACUCCUCUCCGUUGUAGCCAGCCUGCAGCCCGAAGCGUUUCCCUUAAUCUGGGCGACAUUUCCACCACAUUUGAAGGUGGUUUUUUGUUUCCUCUGCUCUAAAAUACCGAGUACUUUCACUGAGCUCUGCACAAAUAAUUACAUUUUUCAUCCCGCUACGUUGACCGAACCGUAGCUCGCUGUGCUGUGCACUUUUUUUCCGGAGCAGUUUGAGAUCAGUGAAGUCAGUGUGAAGGACUUGUUUCGAGCACAUUGAGAUACACUGCGACACACUUUGUGUCGGAGGCUUCCACCACUCACACACCAGAUGUCUUAGUUCUUUACGUUGCACACACACAGUUGAAGCAUGUUUGUUUUAUUUUCCGCCAAGAAGAGGCGAGUGAAAGUGGAGCUGAACCAGGGACGGGUUCGUGGAUGAUGUCCUACUGCCUUCUUGGGAACCUUUAUUUUUGUUACUUGAGCACUUUUAUCGACGGUCGUCUCGAACCCCCCCUCCCCCACACGUCACAAACCUCCCUGCUGUUUGUGGUGCUAUUGAAGCCGUAAGGUUGGAGGCUUGUUUGUGUCCCGGGAAUGUCGAGCUCCUGAGCGAAGCGCGUGUGGCUGCAUGUCUGCCUCCUCUCCUUCUCUGUGCACAGAAUCUAUGGCAACCCAUCACUGUGGCCUUCCUGUUUCUGACUCCGAGUCUCUCUUUCUUUUGGUUCUGACCACGCAAGAACAACAACCAAGGCUACAACAAGGUUUCUUGAAUUGGUCCUCUCUCUCUCCAGGAUAGUCAUGAAAAAAAAAUCUAUAUUCUUUUAUAUUUCAGUGUAAUAAAGAUGCUAUUGUGUACUUCUGUGUUUG